UGGGAUUGGGCAUACCUAGGAUGGAGUCCAUCCAGCCACGUGGGAAGGAAGCUCCCAAGGUUGGAUUAGAGUGGGGACACUGGCCAAUUUGAGAACCCGUCCCCGCACCUUCACAUCCACCCCUCUUCCGGAGGAUCCACGCGUCGGGUCGCAGCGCCCCCUUGAGGCCGCCUUGGGAAAUGGCCUGGGACUCGGCUGGUCCGGGCUUCGAGGGGCAACACUGCGUACCCAGUCAGCUAGUGACCAGCCUGGGCCGCACCGUGAACUCUGAGCGAGGGGCUUCUGGCCAGACUGUGAAAGCCGCCCACGCCCGAGAUCCAGGCGCCAGACGGCGGCCUACCCCUUUGGCCCGGAGCUCAGCUUGGGACCUAAGGUCCCGCCCACCCUAAGAGCGUCACGCUCGGGCGCGCCCCCGCUACAGGCGAGCGCUGGCGCCCAGGGGCCACGUAGCCGCCAUUGCUCCCCCGUAGCUGAGUGUCCCUCCCAGAGCCAUGGUCCACGCCUUCCUCAUCCACACCUUGCGGGCCCCGAAAGCUGAGGAGGGCCUCUGCCGAGUGCUCUACUCCUGUGUCUUUGGUGCCGAGGAGUCACCUGAUGACCUACAGCCACACGGUGCUGAGAGGGACAGGCUCCUCCGAAAGGAACAGAUUUUGGCUGUGGCCAGGCAGGUGGAGUCCAUGUGCCAGCUGCAACAGCAGGCAUGUGGCCGGCCCUCUGUGGACCUGCAGCCCCAGUCUUCGGAUGAACCGGUGCCCCUACAUGAGGCCCCAUGUGGAGCCUUCUGCCUGGCGGCAGGGGACCCUUUCCAGGAGCCUCGGACAGUGGUGUGGCUAGGGGUGCUCUCAUUAGGCUUUGCCCUGGUGCUAGAUGCCCACGAGAACCUGCUGCUGGCAGAGAGCACGCUCCGACUGCUGGCACGCCUUCUCUUUGACCACCUCCGGCUGCUGGUCCCUGGUGCCAACCUCCUGCUGCGUGCUGACCGCAUCGAGGGCAUCCUUGCCCGCUUCCUGCCCCAUGGUCAGCUGCUCUUCCUCAAUGACCAGUUUGUCCAGGGUCUGGAGAAGGAAUUCAGUGCUGCCUGUCCCCGCUGACCUCUUCCUGGGCUGGGACUUCCCACCAGGGCAAGGAGGGAAGACGGGAAUGGAUGGACACACAACUAGGUAGAGGUUGGCACCCACCUCCUUCCCAGCCUGUGCCCAGCUUUGGAGUGCUGCUGCAUGUAGGACAAAUGGAUGGGACAAGCUGGCAGAAAAGGGGGCCGGGGAGAGGCUGGAGGGGAGGAGUCACAGAACAUCCUGUGCCUAGAGCUGCCUCAUGACUUACUCAGACUGCCGCAGUGGGCCAUCCCUGCUCGUCCUUGACCCCACACUCUCCCAUCCCUGCCGGCCAACCCCCAGCAAUCUGCCAGCCACUAAUGCUGGGGCAGUAAGGAGCGGCCACUUGGAACUCAGCCCACUUUCUUCUUCCAACCCGUCGUCAUUGUAGCACAAAAGGCAUCUCAGAUUUCUAGGGUCAGGGAGCUGGCCUCUGCCUUUGCACCUACUUAGGCACCAUCAUUAAAGAUUUUUAUUUUUUAUUUUUAUUUUUUGUCUUUAGGGCCACACUCGCAGCAUAUGGAGGUUCCCAGGCUAGGGGUCAAAUUGGAGCU